GAGCUCUACAAAUGAUAGGAGAAAAGAAUAAGUGAGGGUGCAUCUGAUUUAUCUGAAGAUGGUAAGCCUAUGUUUCUGGCCAUGGAAGUCCCUUCUACAACAUGCAGAAACAAAAGACAUUUCCAAUGAAGAAGACAUCUGAUCUUCAUAUAAAAUAGGCUGCUCUUGAGGAAUCUUAUCCUUCAACUCCCUUCCGAAGUGGGGAAGGAGAUUCUGACAAAUUUAUAUCUUCCAGAAAAAUAGCUGAGACCUGAAAGAUGAGUAGGCACCCGUUCAGCUGAGGGAACAGAAGGAGCAGUGGCUGGGUGGGCUGAAGAACCCACAGAAAGCCAUGCGUGCCUGGAGGAGACGGCACAGACAGGAGAGCCGCUGGUGACCAUGGAAGUAAGCUUUACUUUAUCGAAAUGGUUUGAGAAGUGCUGAUCUUGUUGAGCAGUGCCCUUGUGAAAUCUAUUAUUACUCCUGGAUGCAGCAGCUUCUGUAACUUGGACUGCUUUCCACAGCGAAGGAGUAUAACUAGUAUGACCUCCACAAGACAUGAAGGCACAGGCGGUGCUGUCCAUCAUCCUCAUUCUUGUACCAUCUCUAAGUGGAUUUCACGAUACAUUCCUUUUAGCUUCCCCCAAUCUUGUUACUACUGAGGAAGAGCAAAUAGUCAUUGGAAGACUUGGAGAAGAUAUAAUUCUCCCUUGUUCAUUUGAAAGUGAGCCUGAAGUCGUAAUUCACUGGAAGAAUCAAGAUAACUAUGUUUACUCAUACUACAAAGACCGUGACUAUUUGGAAAAUCAAGAUCACAGAUACACAAACAGGACAUCCCUCUUCCAUAGUGAAAUUCACAAUGGGAAUGCCUCUUUAUCUUUAAGAAGAUUAAGCCUUCUGGAUGAAGGAAUUUAUGUAUGCUAUGUGGGAACAACAUCUAGAAAAAUCAUAAAUAAAGUGGUACUAAAGGUGGGAGCUUUUGUCACACCUGUGAUGAAGUAUGAAAAGAGGAACACAGACAGCUUCUUAAUAUGUAGUGUGUUAAGUUAUCCUCAUCCACUUAUCACAUGGAAAACUGACAAUGCAUCCAUCUCUGAAAGCAAUAUGGAAGAAAUUGAAUCUUUGGGUCCUUUUUAUGUUGACAGUAUGAUAAAUAUUACAGGAUCAAAUUUAUCUUAUGAAUGUGCUAUUGAAAACUCAUUACUGAAACAAACAUGGACAGGGGGAGGGACAGUGAAAGAUGACCUUCAUAAAAUGCAAAGUGAAAAUUUUUCACUCUCAUGUGAACUUACAAACAGCAUUUUUUUACUGGAUCAAGACUUCAAAGUCACUUGGUCCAAAGUAGAAAAAGAAACCUCCUCCAUCCUGGCUUAUUUUCUGAGCUCCUCACGAAAUACAACUAUCUAUGGACCCCGAGUAUCCUGGAACAAAGAACAAAUAAACCAGACUGACUUUUCCUUGACUUUGAAGGAUCUUAUUCUUUCAGACAGUGGGGAAUACUUAUGCAAUAUUUCUUCAAGCAAAUAUACUUUCCUCACCAUCCAAGCACUGCAUGUAGUAGAACAGAGUCAAAGCAGAACCACCUGGAUAAUUAUUCUGUCUUUGGGUUUCCUGGCAAUUUGCAUAUUCUGUAUAUUAAAAAGAUACAACUGUUUCAGGAGAGAAAGGUCUUCUGUCCAUACUGAGAGGGCCAACAUGACUAAUGCAGAAGAGAGCAAGGCUCUUUCGGAACACCCAGCUAGUACAGGAAAUUAAGACAGGACUGUGUCAACACAUGAAGAGCAUUCUUAAUAUCCAGUGACUUCACUUCCCCUUUCUUCACUGCAAGUCCAGAGGUGGUUUGUCAUGGCCUAAUA